AUGGAUGUCGACACAAGAUCCGAUGCUACACGGCACACCGACUCUUCCGAUUUAAGAAAGAAGUAUAGUCUAAGGACCCAUGUUGGAAAUUUGACCGGGCUGAUAAACUUGGGCAAAAGGCUUAAGACUAUAAAGAGAGAAACCUUUCAGAGAAGAUAUGGAAAUUUAUUGAAUUUAAUGGAGGUUGAAGUACAAAUACCCGCUAUCACAGCCUUGGCACAAUAUUAUGAUUCUCCGCUUCGAUGGUUCACAUUUCAAGACUUUCAGUUGGCGCCAACUAUAGAGGAGUUCGAGCAUAUCUUGGGUUUGCCGUUGGAGGGCACCACCCCCUAUCAGCAUUUAAAGCAUCAUGCCUCUAUACCCACCAUUGCUGCCAUCAUGAAACUACAUCCCAAGGAGCUUGAAGACAGGAUGAUGAUGAGGAAUCAAUUGCAUGGGUUAUCACAGGGAUAUCUAGAGCAGUAUUUACAUCACCUGGCUGAUAAAGAGGAUUGGGAAACUUUCAUGGAUGUAUUAGCCCUCACCAUAUAUGGCAUUGUCUUGUUUCCCAAAAUAAAAGAACUCGUGGAUCACACCGCAAUAGACGUCUUCGUGGCGAGUAAAAUCAGAUCAGAGAAUCCUGUAACAGCAGUUCAUGCGGAUGUUUAUGGGACCUUAAGUUUUUGCCAGGAGAGAAAGGGAAAGAAGAUUCUUUGUUAUUUACCGGCGUUGUAUACAUGGAUGGCAGCUCGCAUGUUUAAGGAGAUGGUCGACGUUAAGAGUCUAUCGAAAACGUUGUCACACCAAGAGCUUAAAGGUAAGGGAGGAAACGAUUGGGUCCGAUUCCUUGCUGGCUUGAGCGAAAGAAGUAUAAAAUGGCGCCUUCCUUGGCUCGAAAAUAAACCGGAUAUACAGCAUUGUGGUAGCUUUCCUAAUGUGCCUCUCAUAGGUGUCCGGUACUGUGUCAAUUACAACCCCCUUUUGGUGCAAAGACAAUUCGGGCAUUCCCUAAGAGGGGCGCCUUCAUCAGACUACCUUGCUACCCUAUUCAUUUAUUACGAAGACGGGCAUUUCAUCGAACUAUUAAGAAAGGUUAAAAGCGCCUGGGAAAAUAUGGUUCGAGCAGAGAAGGACUUGAGAGAUGGAGUAGUGGAUAGCAGGGUUAUUUAUCACACCUGGAUUCUGGAGAGAGUGAAAGUAGUCAAGUUGCCUUUCAAGCUAAUUAAGGAUCAAUCAGCUAGUGAAGGACCAUCCCAAGCCUCAGAAAGUGAAGAGUUGCAACAAUUGAAGGCUGAAAUGGAGAAAUUGAAGGUGAGGAAUGCUAGGUUGGAAAACGAAUUACAAAGGGCACGUAAUGAUCUUGUGGAUAUGAGAAAUGAUAAUGAAGAAAAGUCGUGCGCUUAUGAAAACAUUGUCAAAAGCCAAAAGGCUGAGAGGGAUUAUACAUUUCGAGUGAAACAGGAUCUAGCGGCCGCGAGUAGGGAAUUAUCCAUGAGGGUAAAUGAAAAGAAUGUGGCUUUGGAAAAGGGCAGACAGUGGAAACAACUCUAUGAAGAAGCCAAGAGAGAUAAAAGGGAAGCCCUAAAAAGACUAAGGGAAGCGCAAGUCCAAGUACAAGAAUCGGGGCAUCAAAUGAAGGAAAUGGCUACGUAA